AUGUCUGCUCAAGGUCAGGGCCAACUUCAAGGCCAAGCUCAGGGCCAGGCCCAAGCCCAAGCCCAAGGUCAAGGAAAUGGUCCGGGCCGAUGUCCCACGUGCGAUAAGCAAGUCAAGAAACUGCAGGAGCACAUACGAAGUGUGCAUAUCGGCACGCGAUGCUACAUGACCGGAUGCCAGUUCACUACAACAACUGACGACCUCCUCCGAAGGCAUAUUGACCUGGGGCAUACGCCUGUUCCAGCCCCAGGGAACCGGUACAGUUGCGGUUGGACAGGGUGUGGCAAAACGUUUAUGGUCGUAACCGGAGCAAAUAGAUGUAUGUAUCAUCAUACGUACCAGAGACACUCACAAGUGGCACAGGCAGCCCCUGCAGCGGCAGCACCUCUUGGGGCACCUGUCCAACCCCCACCACAGGUGCCUGCAGCUGUUCCAGCCCCCGCCGCUGCUCCCGCACCAGCUGCUCCCGCACUAGCCGCUCCCGCACCUGCCGCUCCCGCACCUGCCGCACCAGCCGCACCGGCGCUGCCAAUUGUGCUGCCGGCAGCGCAGCCAGCACCCCAUCAGGCCGGCCCGACGAUCACUGAUAUAGCUCGACGAUUGGAUGCAAUGCAAACGGGUUUUUUCCGUCGAAUGGACGAACUUAAGCGUCAGCUCCAGCAAGUUUUCACGGAAAUGCCCCAGCUCGUACAGGAAUCUCUCCGAGAGAAUCGAGAGGGGGAAAAGGGAGAUGAGGAGGAAGAAGACGAAGACGAGGAUGCUGUUGUCGAGCCUGAGUCUGGUCAGGAAGAGCAGGAAGGUCAGGAUGAUGAAGACGAUGAGUAUGUUGACGACGAUCUGGAAGAUGUGGAGGAUGCCCCUCCUGCCAAACGCCAGAAGGUUUAAUGGAGAAGCAUGGAGAGUCCGAACUACAUCUUGAUAGUUGGACCGCGAGUUUGCUGUUUUCGUUUGAGAUCGAAGGAAGUGGCCAGUCCUUGCUUAUACUCGUAGUAUUCAAGACUGUUUUUUAGUCACUAUCCAUAUUGCGCGGACGAAAGUUGUCCUGAUUAAGGCCUUUCUUAUGGAACUUAGGUAUCCGAUAAUAAUUCAUCGUCCUCGAAUCAGC